CCUCUGGGUUCUCAUCCACUUUUGACUCCUCUCCCUGUCUCAGGGAGGGGAGGAAGGGCCUAGGAUGAGUCACUGGGAGGAUCUUUCCUCCUGGAUUCCCUAUUUCUUUCUUCACUGCUGUGCCUGAAGUUCCUCAGAGACCCCUUGGGUGGCGGCCACUGGCCCGCAGCCUCUCCCCCUCCCCGUCCCCACUGAACUAAAUGCUGGUUCUGCCCCUUUCUUGGGGCUCGUGUAAUCGGGAGAAAUGGCAGUGGUUAUUAGGUUCUUCCGAUGGAUUUGGCAAAAGAUUAGCCGCUGGGUUUUCUUCUGGAAACACAAAUCUAAGUCAGUCAUCAAGGAUCAUACUGACUCCAAGAAAAAUGAGUUGAAGGCAGAGAAGGCUUUCAAGGUGUCUGAGACUUUCAAGUUGGCUGAGCCCCCCAAGGAGGCUAAGGUCUCCAAGAUGGAUGUGUCCCACAAGGUGGUUGACCCCUGCCUGUUAGCCAAGACCACCAUGGAUGGGGCUGUGGUGGAGGAGGGUCGCCAUCGGCGAUCACUGUUCCAGCUGCCCCAGGCGGCCGUCAAGUCCGUCUCCAUGCUCAUGGCCUCCGCCCUGCAGUCUGGCUGGCAGAUGUGCAGCUGGAAGUCAUCUGUGAGUUCUACCUCAGUUGCCUCCCAAAUGAAGACCGGGUCCCCCCUGGAGUCGCGAGAGGCUGAGAUGCUGCGGGAAGUGUACCUGGUGCUCUGGGCCAUUCGGAAACAGCUGCGGCAGCUGGCCCGCCGGCAGGAGAGGCGGCACCGGCGCCACCUCUGGGCCCACACGGGCCCCCAGCCUGACCCAGUUCAGGGUCUGAAACAGGAUGCCCGGAGUCCCCUCUAGGGGGGAACCCCACAUCCUCAGAAAGCCCCCACCUCACUCUUAGGUAAGGUUGAUGGGAGAGGUUAGAGCAGCAGGCCAGGAGUUGUGGGUGAGGAGAAGUUGUCACACUGUCACCUCUCAUUGAGACCUGGAGGCCUGGCCGGGGGGUCCCACAUACACUCCCCUCCAUUCCUUUUAUUCAAUUUGUAAAAAGAAUUAUCAAAAUGUUGGGAAAUAAUAUCAGAUAUUUCCGAGUA